AUGAAAUUCUCUGAAGAACAAAAACGUAAAUUAAUUGGUAAACUUGCUGCAAUCUCAAGAGGAAAAGAUUUCACGUCUCAGUCUCAUCAUGAUAAUACUGAUACCACUACUACUAUACCUACUAUACCUAUACGUGUGAGAUUACGUACCAUUAAUUCUGUGGUGAUAAUUAAUCCUAAAUCUAUUUCUAUUAAAACCUCCAUUCUUCACAUGCCUCCCGAAAUAAUGUUGUGCAUAUUUGAUUUCUUACCUUCAAGAAAAGAUUUUUACUCUUGCCUUUUUGUUUGUAAACCUUGGUAUAUCAUGGUUACUCCAUUUCUUUAUAAAUCACCACAAAUUUAUCAUCGUUUUUCUUCAAUGGAUAUAGUAGUAGCUUUUAUUGAUUCUACCACAACUCAUUUAUCACCUUCAAAACUUAAAUACGCACUAAGUUCAAAGACUAGACUUCCAUUAAAUUUUCCUAUUGAAAAAUAUGGAUCAUUUAUUAAAAUAUUAGAUUUAUCCAUUGGAUCUGAUUAUGUUACCGAUUCAACUAUUCAAGCUAUAGCUUAUUCUUGUCAUAAUUUACGAUUAAUUAAUUUGAAUAAUUGUAUUCAUAUAUCAGAUAAUUCAUUGGAAUCACUUUCAAAACAUCAAUGUUCUUCAACUUUG